CUUCCUGUUUACGUCACAAAGGACCUCUGCGAAGAUCAAGCAAAAUUGAAAGACUUCGCUGCUCGGACUUUUGCUUAGUCAAAUAUGAUAUCAUAAUAUUUCGAUCAUAUUAAAAAGCAUGUUGUGUGCUAAUAGUAAUAAUUGUUACAAAUAAGCACGUGUGUUGUUUUUGAAAAUGUUUUGUAAUUGGUCUUCUGCGCAACAAUGACGCAGCUGAAGUUAGCAAAUGGAGCCGCUUGAACAUGGCGCACUUCACUUACGCCAGACUUUCUUGUUUCAUGACUAAAUACGCCAACAUUUUACAAACCGGACCACAACUAACACCUGCGUCUGCCUGCCGUUUACAGUUUUCACGCUGGCACAGGUCGGCGGACCCCGAGGCCUUACGGGAGCGUCAGAGGCAGCAGAUGGCUCGAGGUCUCCCCAAGCAGAAGCCCAUCGCGGGGGUCCGGCAGGUGCUGGUGGUGGCUUCCGGGAAAGGCGGCGUGGGAAAGUCCACCACGGCGGUCAACUUGGCGCUGGCGUUGAUGGCCAACGAGCCGUCCAAGUCUGUAGGUCUGCUGGACGUCGACGUCUACGGUCCGUCCAUCCCCAAAAUGAUGAACCUCAAGGGAAACCCGGAGCUCACUGACAACAAUCGGAUGCUCCCACUCACCAACUACGGCAUCCCUUGCAUGUCGAUGGGCUUCCUGGUGGACGACGACGCCCCCGUCGUGUGGAGGGGCCUCAUGGUCAUGUCGGCCAUCGACAAGCUGCUCAGACAAGUUAGUGGAGUGGGGCCGUCUGGACUACCUGGUGAUCGACAUGCCUCCCGGGACGGGCGACGUACAGCUGACCGUCACGCAGAGCGUCCCCAUAGCAGGCGCCGUGAUCGUGUCCACCCCGCAGGACGUCGCCCUGCUGGACGCCCGCAGGGGGGCCGAGAUGUUCAAGAAAGUCAACGUGCCGGUCCUGGGCCUGGUGCAGAACAUGAGCGCAUUCCGGUGUCCCAAGUGCCACCACGAGACGGCCAUCUUCGGCUCGGACGGCGCCUCGCAGCUGGCGGACACCUUGGGAGUCGCGUUAUUAGGUACGCGUGCCAAUGUUUACCGAGAUCACGUCAAGAGAAUUUGGAAGAGGUUUUGCUCGGAGUUCUUCCUGAAAAUCUUCUUCCGCACCAGAAUCAUCCGAGCGCGUCUCAAUGGAGCUUCUUUUAUGCCCUGCUAGCCUAAUGCUAAUGCUAAUGAGCAUCUAUGUUGCGGUACUUUAACCCUUUAAGCAACGGAUUGAAAAUAAACGGUGCAGUAACAUGUAGACAGACAAUAUAACCCAACUCGCAGUUCCAUCUUCUUUAGCCUCUGAGAAGAACGGCUAAUAUUAGUGCCGUACUGAUGAGUUACGAGGAGCCGGCGAACUCGGUGAACAGCGUAUCUUCCGACAUUCCUGUUUUCGUAAAGUACAGUAUUAUGGAGUGCUACUUUUGUUGUUUUUGAUGAGGCUGCAACAGAGUAAUAGCAUUUCCACAUUUUGGGGGGGUUGGGAUGCAUUUCAAAGCGUAAAGAUGAUCUGAGACGUGUGUUGUAAGUGACAAGCAAAUUCAACUUGUAUCUCAAGGCGCAACAGGAUUUGAAGUCGGUCUCAUGACAAAAACAUCACAUGCUUGUUUUGUUGGAACAACAUUUCUCAUGGCGUUAUUUGCUGGCGUUGUGCUCACGUG